AUGACUGCACUGGUAAGUGCAGAUGCUUCCAGCUUGAGAAAGGCAGAUCCCAAAGGUCGGAGUGCACUGUUGGCUGAUAUCCAGCAAGGGACUCGCCUCCGAAAAGUCACACAGAUCAAUGACCGCAGUGCCCCGCAGAUCGAGGGUUCUAAAGGAACCAACAAAGAGGGAGGAGGUCCUGCAAAUUCUCGAGGGGGGAGCACACCUCCAGCCCUGGGAGAUCUGUUUGCUGGUGGCUUUCCAGUUUUACGACCGGCAGGCCAGAGGGAUGCAGCAGGUAAGGAAGAGUUCAAAUUGGCUACCUUUGACUCUUAUCUCCUUGCCUUGCAGAACCAACAGGGCAGUCCUCACCUGCCCAUAAGUGCCAUGUUUAGAGUGAAUAGUCAUGUGGUAGGAGAUCACCUCUUUGGAAGCAUAAAUACUGGAAGUUUUCAAAACAUAGACUUGUUUCUAAGGCUCAACGCGGAUGCUGCCAGCCCAGCCCAAGAUGUGCGGGAGCCUCCCGCGCCGCCGCCCCCGCCACCUCCACUCCCCCUUUACGCCUCAUGCACCCCCAGAUCCUCUUUGCCUGCGCCCCCUUUGCCAAGUGCUAACAGCAGCUGUGAAGUCCCACCCCCGCUGCCCCCCAAGUCCCCCAGCUUCCAGGCCCAGCCACCCAAGCCCAGCGGGCAGGCCUUGCCGGCGCCGCCCGCCCCUCCGGGAUCUCAGCCGUUCCUGCAGAAGAAGAGGCCCGGCCGAGGCCCGGGAACCGGUGGGGGAAAACUCAACCCACCCCCAGCACCCCCUGCGAGGUCACCCACCACUGAGCUUUCCAGCAGGAGCCAGCAGGCCCCAGCCUGGACCCCGACCCAGCAGCCUGGAGGUCAGCUGCGGAAUGGAAACCUGAACAUCAUUGAUGACUUUGAAUCUAAAUUCACGUUCCAUUCCAUGGAAGAUUUUCCUCCUCCGGAUGAGUAUAAACCAUGCCAGAAGAUUUACCCCAGCAAGAUCCCCAGAAGCCGCACACCUGGUCCCUGGCUCCACGCCGAGGCGGGCGGGCAGAGCUCUGAUGACAUCAAAGGCAGAAACGCUCAGUUAGCCCUUAAGACGCUCCGGUGAGAAGACGGAUGAAGCCAGCGUCCCGUGGGCCAUCUGGAGGUCCACAUGGCAGGGUGGGCAUCCCCAGGAGGACCUCAGGCCUCACCUCUCUCAAGUCGUAGUUCAGCUGACACACGGGCUCUGAAUGGAGCGUUUAUUUAUUGUAAAUACGUGUUUUGCACAGGCUUUAAAUCAGUAUUAUAGUUGACUAUUUGAAUAAUUUAAAACACACAGACAUUAUUUCUCCAUUUCUUAAAGUGCACCUUGGCACAGGUGACAGCCUUGUCCCACCGCAUAGUGUCCAUUCCAUGACUGUAAAUAUGUCUGCAGGCUGGCCCUCCCUAGGCUCGUAACAGUUUUUAGAAGAUUCCUUAGCUUCCCAAAGUCAUAGUAUCCACAAUGGCUUCUUAUUGGCAUGAUUUUUCUAGUCUCAUCACACAAACUGCAAAAUCAAACCAGGUAAUGCCUUAUGAACGACGUGGCUCCCUGAGAGUAGCGUGUCCCUCACACAGAUGCCGCCACACGGCCCCCAGUGGACGAGACGCCACGUCCCGCUCCCGUCCUGCAGUACAAGGAUUCUUUUGCUGCCUCAUGUAAAUAUAACACAGAUCAAAAGCAAGAGUGGCCUCAGUCCCUCCAAGGCUGACCACAGGGCCCCUUGUGUAGCUGAACAGUCCCGCAAGUAGCCAACGCUCUCACUGUUUACACUGCCCCUCGUGCGCAUGUUUCUGCAAUGGUCCUUCCUGUCCCUCUGAGCCCUUAUCCUGGCAGCCGGGGUGAGGUGAGCUGAAGGAGAUUUCAGUAUGUUCCCUGCAAAUUAGAAACCUGCAUAAGUCAUCAUUAAUUCUGUCUCAGAGAGCUUUUCUUUUUCCUCCCCUGAGUGCAGGGUUUAUCAUGGAAAGCAUGACAUGAAAAAGUAUAGACUAAAACAUAUUCUGAAAUACCUGCCUCAAAUAUCAAGUGUCCCCCGCCCACCCUUAGGGAACCUGGAUCCACCCAUCAGGCAAACCUUAGCGCCCUUCUGAGCUGGUCUGAGAGUCCCCCAGUCCCUAUGGUGGCACCCCUCUAGAGGGGAGAAGUGUGAGUUCAGCUAGCCCUGAAUAUGGAUGGGUCAGGACUGGCUGUGACCUGUGGCCGCUCCUCUCAUGCCCUUUUUCUGGGGCUGGCAAGGGAAUGAAAGUGUGUUUCUGCUUGCUGCCUGACCUCAUCCUUGGAGAGAAAGCUGUGACUGAGGAAGGAGAGAAAAAUAGAAGCAAACUGACCCCUCAUCUGUGCUCAAAAUAGCUGCAGAUUAAAGGAAAUCCAGGAGAGGUGGAAAGAAAACAGUGAAAAAUGUUUCCUUUGAAACAGCCCACUCAUGCCCUCACACCUUGAGGAUGUAAUGCCCAGAACAUGCCAUGCGCAGAAGGCAGACCGUUAGUAGGGUUUUGGCAAACAUGUGACCGCAUCCACCACCUCCUGUCUGGAAUGGAGACUGACCCUGACGUGGUGUCCACCAUCAUUGCGUACUUUCUCAUUCCAAACAGAAGCCACUGAGCAAUGUCAAGUUCCCUUCCCUGGGGAAUAAAUCACGCCAAACUGUAACAGCUAAAUCAAUGAAAAAGAAGCUUUUGCAGGUCAUCAGCUGUACGUAUAGCUGAUCUGUCUUAUUGGUUCUGCAAGGUUUCCAAAAGGUCAGAACUUUUUUUAUAUAACACUAUCCACUCCACCUCUCUCCCAGUUGUACAAAAUAAUUACAAGGGUUCUUUAACAAUCAUGAUUAAGAAGGCGCUAGACAAAAACCGUUCCACCUUUGGAGUAGACUGCCUGCCCCGAUGAGGUGUUUAUACACUGAUGUUCUGUACCACUGGGAUAGAAAUUCAAAAUAAAACUAUUCAAGGUCAGAGGGAAGAAACGUGCAGAAACCAAAAAUUGCAAUUAGGGGAAAAUCUCAGGAAUCUAGCAUCACAUCUCUCCUCCAGACCCAGUACUGAAUUCCUGCCCUCUGAACUCUUGCGGCAGGACAAAUACUUCACCUCUGGACCACAAACUCAAACAGAGUGCCCCUCCCAUCCUCGAGUAAUCUCCCCAGCGCUGUGGUCUGUGACCCUCCGAGUGUUUCCCAUGUAUUUUAUAUUUAUUGAUCUUCCCUCUGCAGAUUCAUUUCUUUUAUUAAUAAACUUUAAUAAAUGGGAA